CUUUUGUCAGGGACUGUAUUUGCCCUGACAGGCCUAGCUAAUGGAUGUUUCUGUGUGUUAGGAGUGACCCACAACAUUCCCCUCCUGAGGGAGAUUAUCACCCACCCUCGCUUCAUCUCUGGAGACAUCAGCACCAGUUUCCUCCCUGAGGUUUAUCCUGAUGGGUUUAAGGGCCAUCAGCUGACCACAGAGCGCCGUCGAGAGCUGCUGGCUUCUGCUGCUGCUCUGUAUGUGACUGCAGAGCUCAGGUCACAGAAAGUCCUUGGGCCACAAAGAGUGGCUUGCAGCCCUGUGGAGACCAACAGCUGGCAGCUCUGUGUGGAGCUUGGAAAAGAACUUCAUGAUGUCAGUGUCACCAAAUCAGGAAACACCUACACUGUUUUGGUGAAUGAAGAGAAGGUAGAAGUGAGUGGAGAUUAUAACCUGGCAUCUCCCCUGUUGCCUCUGACUAUAAACAACACUACCAGGAUGCUCCAGUGUCUGUCUCGAGCAGCUUCAGGAGAAAUGGUUAUCCAGUUUCUCGGCACAUCGUUUAAGCUACGUGUUCUGUCUAAGCUGGCUGCACAGCUGAACUCUUACAUGCCCGAAAAGGUCCCAGAGGACACCACCAGUAUCCUACGAUCUCCAAUGCCAGGAACAGUUAUCGCAGUGUCUGUCAAAGUUGGAGAUACGGUUGCAGAGGGACAGGAGAUCUGCGUGAUUGAAGCCAUGAAGAUGCAGAAUAGUCUAACAGCUGUCAGGCAAGCUAAGGUCAAAAGUGUCCAUUGUAAAUCUGGAGAGACCGUGGGAGAAGGGGACCUGUUAGUGGAGCUGGAGUAGUGCUCUACCUCCUUAGAUACCUCAGACCAGGAUGUGCCUUCUCACCUGGCCCCAUGAAAAGUGGUCAGGUGCCGCAUUGUCCUUUUAAACUUCUGCUCCUCUUCAGAGCCCCUCGCUGUAGCACUGUGCAGCCAUUUCCAGAGACAGCUGUCUCACAUUGCUGCAGAUAGAAUAAAACAAGUUAUGUAUGUAACUAUGGUUCUAUGAAUUCCCGCCGAUCACCAGAGGACAGUGCUGAACGCACUGUAAGGUUUCUCUGGCAAUCAGGAGGAAUGAAAUGCAGCCACAGCUUCUCAUCCAGUUGAAAAAUGUUCCACUGGACCCACUGUACACUUAACAUUUUCAGAUAACUGUUGAAUUUAUACAUUCAGAGUACUGAACAGAGUAGUCACCCUUGGUAUAUGUACAUGAUUGAAUUAUCAGAUCAAUAAAAAAUAAAUUACUUUCUGACGUUGAUGACAAUAAAAAAAUGUCUGUUUCCAAACUUAAGCAGUAAUCUAAAGUGUUUCUAAUUUAAAUAGUUUAUAUGGUGUAAUGUGAAUAUUUUAAGGUCACCUUUGGCAUUAAACAUGUUGGUAUGAACACAAAGGAUGAAUUUGGUGUCUUGGCAUCUCAAGCCUUUAAGCCCCAUAAGAAUGCAUUUAAUGAGGGAAAGGAAAUAAUUGGAACAACUAAAGCUAAAUGCUUUAGUUUACUCUUGUUUCAACUUUGUGUGCAGGAUUUAGUAGUAAAUACAGUCAUGAUCAAAAUCUUAAGAUCAAGAAGAUCAAAACCACUCACUGUUGACAUUUGGCCCAAUAAGACAAUUUCUAAAUUCUAAAUUUUCUAAAUUCUAGAGUCUGUGAAAGUGUGCAUCCCAUUUCAUCUGUGCUUUUUAAUCUUGAUUUGAUCUUUUACUUUUGAUUGAGACUGUAUGGAAGGUUCAUUCCAUAUUAUUGACACCUGUACUUGAGUUUAUUGCAAUCUCAUUUCCAGUAAUUCUGGUGGAUUGAAAUGAAAGUGAAUUAAUCAUGAAACCCCCACUCUGACUGUAACCACUCCAAGUACAUGGAUAUUUAUAUUUAGCACCAGACUUUGGUGCAUUCACUUGUACAGUUAGAAUGAAACAAAUGCCUCCAGACUUUUUCCUCUGCUGUGUUGUGUUUUAUUAGACAAAAGCAAUAAACAGUUUUCAAUAUUAA